AUGAGCCCAGACAUGUUACUGUCAGCCACCACCACCUCGGGAGGAAGAACUUCCGCAGAACCCAUGAUGACCACCUUUGCCGUGGCCAAGCAGAAGCGUGCGACGCGGGCCAAGUUUGCCAAAGUGCGCACCGGCUGCGUGACAUUGCUGCUCUUUAGACGCCGACAUGUCAAGUGCGAUGAGACGAAACCGUGCUGCAAGAACUGCCUCAAGUGGGCGGGCUAUUGCAGCGGCUACGAGAGUCUCGAGUCGCUCCAAAGCUCAGGGGCGUCGAGAUCACGGGCAGCAACAGCCUCCUCCUCCUCCGCCUCCAGGGAGACCAGAACGAGUCCUCCCCUUCACGCCAGUCAACCGCCUCCGACGCCGCUGUCGUUGCAUGGAAACACAAAUAGUUGGACAGACGAUGCAUCGUCGGUGUCGAGUGCCGCCUUCUCGACCAUUGCCCCUAGCCCUCCUGAGCUCGGCGUCGAGCUGGUCUCCGCCGGCUUCAUGGAUGCACAUCAGCACCCAUCGCCACCGUUUUAUCCUCCCCAUCAGCAAGCCGCCCUCUCCUCCGCUGCGGACGCCGUCCUGGAUGACGCAUUUUGGAAGCAGACGAUGCCUCGCCUCGUACGGGAGAGCACGGCGGUGCGAUACGCCAACAUUGCCGUACACACGCUCAUCUUCGCCAAAGGACCAACCAUUAUACACUCAGCUGAUAGCCACCACCCUCACCAUCACCAAUACGAACACCACCAGCCACCGCACCCGCACAGGAGGCCAACGCCAGGGCCGCGGCAGCAGCAUGGCCCACGAACGACCGCCGAUCACUACGGCCGCGCGCUGACGUGCUAUGGACAUGCCCUGCGCGAGGCACGGCGGACAUCGGACCUGCGCGAGGCGAUCCUUUGCGCCGUCUUCUUCGUCAUCUUCGAGACCAUUAACGGCGAUCAGGCCGCUGCCGAGGCGCACCUGCAGAGCGGGCAGCGCAUCCUCGAUGAGCUAUGCGGUGGAGGCAUAUUCGCCAGCCCAAACACACAUACGACACCAACAACAACGACGGCGAGGCCGAAGUUGAGGGGCAUGCUGCGACACGUCCUUCAGUUCCUCGCCGUGCAGGCGCGCGACUUCGACAGGUCCGACGACAUACGGCACGGCAUCCCGCUGGACGAGAUGCCGUGCGAGUCAUGA